AUUUUGACAAUAUUUCCAAGUUUCCACAAACACAGAUAUACUUUAUGUCCACAAAUAUUUCGAGUUAAUUGUUAACGUUAACAGUAUUCUGCAUUGUUUCUUGAAAAUCGGUAUGUUGAUUUACUUCCUGUAGUUUUUUAAAUUUUAGUGUUACAGAAUUAAUGUCGUCUUAGGGCGACGAGUUAUUUGUCCACCUGUUGACCAAACGUCAGUAGACUAUUGUACACCCAUAUAAAAUCAUAAAAUAUGGUAUUGGUGUUAUUAUGGAUAGGGCUGUGACCAGAGAACCAAUCUGGCAGAAGUGCAGAUUUUGCCAAAAUGCCACGUUUGAACAAUUGCAUCAAUUUGAACGACACUUGUAUGAUGUGCAUAGUAGAAGAAAAGAUGGUCAGUACUUUUGUGAAUAUGGUGCCACUAGAGUUUGCUGCAAAAAGUCUAAUGAAUCUGAUUACAAAAUACACGUUGUACAAAACCAUGCUUUUCAAUCAGCUAAUCGUGUUGUACCUUAUCGUAAGACAUCAGAUAAUAAACGGCCAACAGAUGAAUGGAAUUUUUACUCAGCCUCACAAAGUCUUGCUACUGUUUUAAAUGAUCCAAGGCGGCCUCGAUCUAAAGAUUUCUUUACUAAGACAUGGGGCGAUAAAUUCACUGACACAAGUCCAAUUCCUCCACCUCAACACUUACCUGUAAUAAGGCCUCAAUAUUUUCAAACUUAUCUUAAACGUAUACCAAAACGACAUAAAAAACUGGUGGAACUUCAGCAGAAAAAAGAUAAACAGGAUUAUCCUUCUGAAAUCCUUCAGCAAUUUCCGAAUUUACGUGUAACUAAAUCAACAGACAGGGUCAAUUAUGAUUUAUCUGACGUUCCGUCUAUAUUUUUGGAGCCUGAUUUUGAUCUCAGUAAACGUGAAACGUUAUUUACCGUAUUCCCUAAUAUAUUCCUUACAUCAGAUACCCAUGUCAAUGUUGGUACAGCUAAUAUUAGGAUAUCUGAUAAAUCUAUUUACGAGAAAAAGUUGAGUCAUUAUUUAGAUACAGUAGAGGUAAAAAUUGCACAACAGGUAAGUUCAAAAUCAGAAGAAUUUUUUCAUACAAUGACAUCACAUGAUACUCUUAUGGAACAAAUUCGUCUUUCAAUACAACUAGCUCAAAACCUACGUUGUAGAAUCAAACAAGUGGAUGAAAAAUUUGUAUCAAAACCGUUGACAAUUUUAAAAACUAAAACUACCAUUUUAAAUCAUACCAAUAUUAUUGAAAAGUUAAAAUUAAUGGCUACAGUAUAUCACACACAAACAACAAUACAACAGCUAUUGUCAACUGCUGAUUAUGUUGCUGCUUUAGACUUAAUUUAUACUACUAAGGAUUUAUUAUCAAAGGAACUUUCUGGGGUCCAUUGCUUCAGAUAUUUGACUUCAGAGUUAAAUGAAAUCAUUAAAAUGAUAGAUGCACUAAUGGCUGGGGAAUUUGAACGAUGUUCAUCAGCAGACCUUAAUCGUCCAUUAGUAGAUACUGACUCUGAGGUUUUGGAAAAAGAUAAAUUAUUUUCAACACUUAUGGGGAUGUUACGACGUAAGAAUUGGGCAUUCUUAGAAGCUUACAGCAAAGAAUGUGAAACAGCAAUAAGUGCUGCAAUUAAAAAAAGUGUUAUAGAUACAGUUGCAAAUAGUGAUGUUGAUCAUCAAAUUAAUCAGUCAUCAAAUUUAGAAAGUUAUUUACACUGUUUAACUACUAAUGAGUGGUUAAAUAUGCUGGAAGACUGUUCUUACACAUUAUCUCUUCUUUUGCGAAGAAUAAAGGCAGGAUAUAAUAUCAUGCAACAUGCUCUUAAUGUUAGUGCUAAAAAAUUGAAUAGUCAUAAUGAAAAUACUGUCGAAUUUGAAGAACCAUCAUUUGACUAUAACUUGACUGAAGAAGAUUAUAUCAAAGUCAAAGCCAAGCUGACAAAUCUUUUAAACUCAGUAACUGAGUGUGCUGUUGUAAAAUAUGCUCAAUUAGUUACUAAAAGUUCAAGUGCCAAUGCUGAGAGUGAAAAAGUAAAUGAUAUAACUGAACAACAUAAUGGAGAUGAAGAAUCCAGAAGUUAUUGUUUAUCAGAUCAAAAACAGUUGUUGCGAUUGUCCGAAUGUAUAAAACAUUUAAGUGAUUGUUAUGUAGAAGUGUGUCCUAAUCAAGAUGUUGGGUUUAAAAUAUUACAGACUGCCAUGCAAUCAGAGGCUAACAAUUUCAUUAAAAAAUUUCAUACCGAAAAAAUCAACAAACUGCAAUUACUUCUUGAUAGUGAAAACUGGCGGCAAAAAGUUGUGCCAUCAGACUUUCAAAAUUUAGUUGAAUACAUUCAAACUACUGGUCAAUUUCCAAUGUCCAAAUCAUCACCAAAGACAUCCACUAAAACAUCAGCUCAGAUGUUGAUGGUAAAUGAUGAAAGUUUUGCAGUAGUUGCGACUGUGUUACUUUUGAUUCAAAUGGUAACUGAGUAUUGCACAAAGGCUGAUGAGAUAAAUUUGGCCGCACAAAGUUUAUUACGUUAUGUUUGCGAAAUUUUAAGAGAGUAUAAUUCUAGAUCAUAUCAUUUGGUAUUACAAGCAAAAGCAAUAUCAAACAAAACGGGUUUAAAGAAAAUAACAUGUACUAAUUUGGUGCUAUCACUUAGAGCUUUACAAUUGUUAUUAUGGAUUAUACCUUACAUACAAACACAUUUUUCUAAUUUUUUAGAAGAAUCUCAAGUGAACACAAUAUUAAAUAGAAUUAAAAACGACAUCACAAAGCACAUCAAAGACAUACAAGAUAAACUACAUGAUAUUGUGAAACAGAUAAUCAUGCAGCAAAUGUCAAACUGGGAAGCUAAACCUCCUAUUCCAUCCAAAUCAUUUCAAACUAUUUGCAAGCAUAUAUGUAAACUUCAUGAGGCCAUAUCAAAUAUACUGCCAAAAAUUCAAAUUCAAUACUUGUAUAGACGAAUACAUAUAACAUUCAAAGAAAUUCUACACGAAUGCAUAAACAAAAUGGACAACACUAAUAAUGACGGACCUUUACGCGGAAUUGUGUCGUCAGAAUUAAUGUUUUACAUUAAGUCAUUAGAAAGCAUAGAUGCAUUACCUAAAGAAGAAAUGGCAUUGCAGUCGAUGAAUGAUAUAUGGGAUGAAAAUUUUUCAACGAACAACAGUCAUUAAUAAAAUUAUACAGAAAAAAUUGAGUUGAACAAAUUUGUAACUAUUUUUUAAUGAGUAAACAUAAAAAUGUUUUAAAAAUAAUGUUAUUCCAUGUACUGAUUAAUAUAAAAAUUACCAAUAAACCAAUGUACUAAUGGUCCAUUUCAUAUAUUUUUAUUGAAUUAGCUAUUUUGUUUUGUUGAAUUUAAAUGUUUUUUCUGGUUUAUUGGUAUUUUUUUGAUGAUAUUAGUGAAGUUAUACAUUAAUAUUUAAUCUUACAACCAAUUACAAAAAUAUGUUUAUUAUUAUUAUAUAGUAUUAGUUACUACUAUUGGUUUUUCAUAGUUGGGAUGUUUAUAAAAAUAUUAAUCGUUAUUAUUUUUCAACAUUGUAUUUCAUUAUUUUAGUCAGUUGGUGUCAUGUUGUAAGACUGAAUAUGCUUGGUCAGAAAAAAUAUUGGCCUUUAAAGCAUAAUAUUGGAGACUUAAAAUUGUAUUGCCUAUGUUUUUAAUAAUUAUUAAUUUUAUUAAAAUUUUUCUACAUUUUCCUGUUUAUUACUUCCUAAAUAUUUAACAAAAUGAAAUAAAUAUAAUUCUGACUAUGAGUUUUUACUCAUUUGAGCAGAAUGAUAUAUAUUGUUGAGUUAAAAAAUCAAAAAUGCCACAUGUUUGAUAUGUUAAUGAAAAUUAAAGUUAAGAUAUAAUGUUAUCAAAAUUUGUAACUAAUUUGAAAUUUCCAAUUGAGUAAAAUCAUUUUCAUUUCAAACACGAGGGCAUGAGAUAAGUACUCUUGCAUUUAUAACAAUAUUAUAUUAUGUUACAAUUUAUUAUACAUCCAAAUAUAGCAUUGUUGUACUUAAGAUUAAUGACAGUAUAUUAGUUCAUAAAAUACUUGUAUAAUAAAUCAUUAACAUAAUAUGUAUUUAUAAAAUAUUGUCAAACAAAAUAUCCAUAGAUUCCUACCUACAAUUUUGAUUGUUCAACUGUGAUCUAAUCAAAAAAAAAAAAAAAAAUUGCCAAUCGCUCAAUUAUGAUUUGUUACUUUGUUCGUCUUUAUCAAGAUACCUAAAUUUUGUUUUUAUCAUUUAAAUAAAAUAUGGAAUUUAAACAUAGGUUCAUAGGUGUAUUGUAUUAUUUCAAUACUUUUGUAUCGGUAGUUUUAUUUAUAUUUAAUUGUAAUAAAACGUUUAAAUUUAUGAUCACGUUGGUACCUACCUUGUACAAAAUAAUGUAAAAUAAAUAACAAAUCACAAAAUAAUUCAUGUAUAUAAAUAUGACCAAAUAUUUUGUUGUAUCGUUUUAAUAAUAUAGUUAAUUCUGUGAUAACCAUAAAGAAAUUAAGGUAUUAUAUGCAUUAAGUACUAUAAUUGUAAUGUAUCGCUGUUAAUUUUUAAUAAAUUAAAAUAAACAAUGCGAAUGUA